AUGAGAGCAGAAUUGUAUCAAGGAAUUGUGGAUAGUGUCUUUAAUGGAGAAUUAAGAGGAAAUGAAGUUGGCAAAAGAAUUGUUCUACCAGCAACAUUUAUAGGAGGACCAAGAUAUAUGCGUCGUAGAUAUCUUGAUGCAUUGACAUUAGUUCAAAGAUUUGGAAAACCAGAUCUAUUCAUUACAAUGACUUGCAAUCCAGAGUGGAAAGAAAUACAACAAACAUUAUAUGAUGGUCAAACAGCUCAAGAACGUCCAGACUUAACUACACGAGUAUUUCGAGCAAAACUGCAAGACUUGAAAUAUCAAUUAUUCAAGAGGAAAUUUUUUGGACAUGUAGCUGCACAUGUUGAUGUAGUUGAAUUUCAAAAAAGAGGGUUACCACAUGUCCACAUGCUGAUAAUUUUCAAGUCUGGGCAUAAGUUGAAUACGACAAGUGAAAUAGAUAAGUUUGUAAGUGCCGAACUUUCUGAUGAAGAAAACAAUUCCGAAUUGUUUGAAUUGGUGAAAAAACAUAUGAUGCAUGGACCUUGCUGUAUGGUAAAAGGAAAAUGCAAAUGCCAUUAUCCACGACCAUAUUGUGAAAGCACACAACAAGGUAAAGAUGGAUAUCCAAUUUACAGAAGAAGAAAAAAUGGAUCAAUUGUACGUGUUCGGAAUGAAGACUUAGACAACCAAUGGGUUGUGCCAUAUAAUGCACAUCUAUUGUCCAUAUACAACUGCCAUAUUAAUGUCGAGGUAUGCUCUGGUAUCACAGCUGUUAAGUAUUUGUACAAAUAUAUCUAUAAGGGACAUGAUAGGGUGGCCGUUCAUAUAACCCAAGAUGAUGAGCCGCGUCAAGUUGAUGAAAUCAAACAAUUUCAAGAUGCACGAUGGGUAUCUGCACAAGAAGCAAUGUGGAGAAUUUGUGAAUUUGGUCUGAAUGAUAUUUCUCCAGCAGUUAUCAACUUACAGCUUCACCUUCCUAACAAACAGUUUGUAUCCUAUCACGCAUCCCAAAAUCUGCAGAAGCUUUUAUUGUGGGAUCAUGUUUCAAAAACAAUGCUAACUGAAUAUUUUACUCUGUGUGCUACAAGUGAAAAGGCAAGGCAAUUUCUCUACAGAGAAUUUCCAGAGCAUUACGUAUGGAAUAAGAGGGACAAAAUUUGGACAGAAAGGCAGAAAAUUGGCGUUAUUGGACGUAUAAGUGCAGUUAGUCCGAUUGAAGGAGAAAGGUACUAUGAAAAAUUAUUGUUGAAUCAUGUUAGGGGACUAACCUCUUUCCGACAUUUAUUGACGGUUAAUGGUAUAGAAUGCUCAACAUUCAAAGAAGCGGCACAAAAAAGGGGUUUAUUAGAAGCUGAUCAAAGCAUUUUCGAUUGCAUGAAUGAGGCAAUAACAUUUCAAAUGCCAAAUGAACUACGCAGGUUGUUUGCAAUAAUCUUGGUACAUUGUGCACCGACAGAUGUAAGAGUUUUAUGGGAUACUUACUUUGAUGCAAUGUCUGAAGAUUUUAAAAGGGAUGCCAAUACUUCAAUCCGACAACGUGUUUCUAAGACAUUGCUGAGCUUAAGAGUUUUGUUAGAGAGCAUGGGAAAAGAUAUAAAUUCAUAUGAUCUUCCCACAAUUCCUUCUUAUGAUGCUAAUAUAGAAAAUAAUUGUUCCGGAGAGAUACAAGAUGAGAUGUCGAUACAAAUUCCUGAGGAAGAUCAAGAUGCAGAGUUAAAGUUGAAUGAUGACCAACGGAAAGCAUUUUCUAUGAUUUUGAGUUCCAUACAGAAAGCAGAAGGUGGGAUUUUUUUCAUAGAUGGACCCGGUGGAACUGGAAAGACUUUCUUAUAUCGUGCACUAUUAGCUCAUCUUAGAUUAAGAAAACACAUAGCUCUUGCAACUGCUACAUCUGGAGUUGCUGCAGGGAUCAUGCCAGGAGGAAGAACAACACAUUCACGCUUUAAAAUUCCUAUAAAUUCUGAUGAAACAAGUGAAUGUUCAAUUUCAAAACAAAGUGCAACUGCCGAGUUAUUGCGGAGAGCACAACUGAUUAUAUGGGAUGAAGCACCGAUGGCAAAAAAAUGGGCAAUUGAAAAUGUAGAUAAGGUGUUAAAAGAUGUCAUGGGGAAUGAUAAAGAUUUUGGUGGAAAAGUCAUCGUUUUUGGAGGAGAUUUCAGACAAAAUGAAAAAGAUCACUUUGUCCAUAAAUAUGAGAUCCAAGAAUGA